AUGACUGAAGAGGAACAUUCCGGUGCGCCAAUGCGCGCCGUGAUCGGAUACGACAAUGGUAAAACGCUCAUGGCCAGAGGACCACAGGCGCUUCAUGAUCACGUCGCCUCUCGUAUGGAGAAAGCGCUGGGUAGGGCACUCCCGCAGAUGGAGGUGCGUUUCAAGGACGUCUCCAUCACGGCCGACAUUAUGGUCAAAGAUGAGACCAACGCCAAGACAGAACUCCCCACCUUGCUCAACGUGCUCAAGUCAAGCUACAACGAAAUGCGCUCUAGCAAGCACGUCGUCAAGAAGCAGGUCCUGAAGGAUAUCAACGGUGUUUUCAAGCCGGGUACCAUUACGCUUGUACUUGGUCAACCUGGAUCCGGCAAGUCUUCGCUCAUGAAGCUGCUCAGUGGACGCUUUCCCAGCCAGAAGAACGUUACCGUGGAGGGUGAGGUCACGUACAAUGGCAUGUCGUCCGACUCGUUGAGCAACCGUCUCCCUCAAUUCGUAUCGUACGUGAACCAACGCGACAAGCACUACCCUUCAUUGACAGUCAAGGAGACGCUCGAAUUCGCUCAUGCUUGUUGUGGUGGAGGCCUCCCAGCUCGUGACGAGCAGCAUUUCCGUGUGACCACGGGCGAGAUGGAGUUCGGCAACAAGUACGUCAUGAUGAUGGACGAGAUCAGUACAGGUCUGGACAGUGCCGCCACCUUCGACAUUAUUACCACGCAGCGCAGUAUCGCCAAGAAGUUCCGCAAGACGAUAGUGAUCUCGUUGUUGCAGCCGUCACCCGAGGUGUUCGACCUGUUCGACGACGUGGUGAUCCUGAACGAGGGUCGUGUGAUGUAUCACGGUCCGCGCGCCGACGCAUUGAGCUACUUCGAGAACCUUGGCUUCAAGUGUCCUCCACGUCGCGACGUCGCCGACUUCCUGCUGGACUUGGGCACUGACAAGCAGUCGCAGUACGAAGUGAGCUCAAUUCCGUCUGGUAGUAUCCCGCGCACGGCCAGCGAGUACGCUGACGUCUUCACGCGUUCGCGUAUCUACAGCCGUAUGAUGGACGACCUUCACGGCCCAAUUCCCUCGAAUUUACUCGAAGACAACGAGAAGCAAUUCGCGGCUGUUCCAGAGUUCCACCUUGGUUUCGUGGAGAGCACAAAAGACGUUGUGCAGCGCCAGCUAAAGCUCCUAUCGCGUGACACUGCCUUCUUGAUGGGUAGAGCUGUGAUGGUCAUCUUGAUGGGUCUCCUGUACGCAAGUACCUUCUACCAGUUUGAUGAGACGAACUCGCAACUGGUCAUGGGUAUCAUCUUCAACGCUGUCAUGUUCGUGGCGCUGGGGCAACAGGCUCAGAUCCCGACGUUCAUUGCAGCGCGUGAAGUGUUCUACAAGCAACGUCGAUCCAACUUCUUCCGCACUGCGUCGUUCGUGCUGUCCAACUCGGUGAGUCAGAUCCCUGUCGCUGCAAUUGAAAGUGCCGUGUUCGGUUCGAUCAUCUACUGGAUGUGUGGCUACGUGUCGACUAUCGAAGCUUACCUCGUGUUCGAGUUGAUGCUGUUCGUGACGAACCUGGCUUUCACCGCGUGGUUCUUCUUCCUGUCGUGUGCUUCGCCUGACCUGAACGUCGCCAACCCGCUGUCCAUGGUCUCCGUUCUGCUAUUCGUCCUCUUUGCUGGCUUUACGAUCACAAAAGACCAAAUUCCGGACUACUUCAUCUGGCUUUACUGGCUCAACCCUAUGUCAUGGGGUGUGCGUGCGCUCGCAGUGAACCAGUACUCCGACUCCAAGUUUGAUGUGUGUGUGUUCGAAGGUGUUGAUUACUGCGCCAGCUUCAAUAUGACCAUGGGCGAGUACUCGUUGACAACGUUCGAGGUGCCGACUGAGAAGUUCUGGCUCUGGUAUGGCAUUGUCUUCAUGGCCGCAGCGUACGUCCUCUUCAUGUUCAUGUCGUACAUGGCGCUGGAGUUCCACCGCUUUGAGGGUCCAGAGAAUGUGACGCUUGAUUCGGAGAACAAGGGUAAUGCCACGGACGACUACGGUCUAAUGCGUACGCCUCGUGGAUCGCCUACAGAUGAUGAGACUGUAGUCUCUGUCUCGCCUGCGCGGGAGAAGCACUUCAUCCCGGUCACCGUAGCGUUCAAGGACCUCUGGUACAGCGUUCCCGACCCGGCCAACCCCAAGGAAACCAUCGACCUGCUCAAGGGUAUCAGUGGAUACGCUCUACCCGGUACGAUCACCGCUCUCAUGGGAUCUUCGGGUGCUGGUAAGACCACACUCAUGGACGUUAUCGCUGGACGAAAGACUGGAGGCAAGAUCACCGGCCAGAUCCUGCUGAAUGGCCACCCGGCCACCGACCUCUCUAUCCGUCGAUCCACGGGUUACUGUGAGCAGAUGGACAUUCACUCCGAGUCGGCUACCAUCCGUGAGGCGCUCACGUUCAGCGCGUUCCUGCGUCAGGGAGCCGAUGUGCCCGAUAGCUUCAAGUAUGACUCGGUGAACGAGUGUUUGGAGUUGUUAGACUUGCACCCGAUCGCCGACCAGAUCAUCCGUGGCAGCUCCGUGGAGCAGAUGAAGCGAUUGACAAUUGGCGUGGAGCUGGCAGCUCAACCGAGUGUGCUGUUCUUGGACGAGCCGACGAGUGGACUUGACGCUCGCUCUGCCAAGCUUAUCAUGGACGGUGUGCGCAAGGUGGCGAACACUGGUCGAACGGUGGUGUGCACGAUCCACCAGCCGUCGAGUGAGGUGUUCAGUGUUUUCGACAGUCUGCUGUUGUUGAAGCGUGGAGGUGAGACGGUGUUUGCUGGUGAACUGGGUAAGAACGCCAGCGAGAUGAUUGCUUACUUUGAGUCAAUCGACGGUGUAGCGAAGCUGGAGGAAAACUACAACCCUGCGACGUGGAUGCUCGAGGUGAUUGGUGCCGGUGUGGGCAACAGCAACGGCGACAAGACAGACUUUGUGAAGGUCUUCCAGUCGAGCAAGCACUUUCAGUUCUUGCAGUCGAAUCUCGAUCGCGAGGGUGUGACUCGGCCGUCCCCCGAUUUGCCUGAGCUGACCUACAGUGACAAGCGUGCUGCGACUGAGAUGACCCAAGCCAGAUUCCUGAUCCAGCGCUUCUUCAGGAUGUACUGGCGCACGGCUUCCUAUAACUUGACUCGCUUCUUCCUGGCGUUUACGCUUGGUCUGCUCUUUGGUGUCACCUACGUCAGUGCGGAGUACACUUCGUACGCCGGCAUCAACUCGGGUAUGGGUAUGCUCUUCUGCACGACUGGUUUUAUCGGCUUCAUCGCGUUCACCAGUGUCAUGCCGAUCGCUUCGGAGGACCGGUUAGCUUUCUAUCGUGAACGCGCGUCCCAAACGUACAACGCGUUGUGGUACUUUGUGGGUUCGACGCUGGUGGAAAUCCCGUACGUCUGCUUCAGCACUCUACUUUUCAUGGCUCCGUACUACCCGAUGGUGGGCUUCACUGGCGUCAUGCCCUUCCUGGCCUACUGGCUGCACUUGUCACUGCAUGUGCUGUGGCAGGCCUACUUCGGCCAACUCAUGUCGUACCUGAUGCCAACCGUGGAGGUCGCUCAAGUGUUCGGUAUUCUACUCGCGUCAAUCUUCUUCCUGUUCAACGGCUUCAACCCACCUGGAAGCCAAAUUCCGGGCGGCUACGAGUGGCUGUACCACGCUUCUCCUCAGAAAUACUCGUUGGCUCUAGUGGCGGCUAUUGCAUUCGGUGACUGCCCGGACGAGGGCGGCUCGGAGAUUGGCUGCCAGGUCAUGACGGGAGUACCCCCGACGUUGUCUUCGGACUUGACGGUCAAGGCCUAUCUUGAGGACGUUUUCCUCAUGAAACACAGCGAGAUCUGGAAGAACUUCGGCAUUGUGGUGGGUAUUAUCGUUCUCACGCGUGUCCUAGCGCUUGUGGCGCUGCGCUUUGUGAACCACCAGAAGAAGUAGAUGAUGACGUUAAGCGUGGUCUUGUACCUGGUAUACAUAAUACAUUUGUUGGCAUUUCGAAG